AGCCUGAGAACUCGGUGCUCACCUCUAUCUAUAAAGACGAGCACAAAUGGCGUGGCGAUCGAUACUCCGAAGCGUCUUCUUCCUCUUCUUCUUCUUCUUCUUCACCGGGAAACCCUACUCCUCGUUCCUCCACAAUCCCUCCAAAGCCACCAUUAAUGGCCUCCGAAGACGCCGCCGACGAGGUCGCCGUCGAGUUCUUUCCCCUCUUCCGCUCCUACAAGAGCGGCCGCGUCGAGCGCCUCCUCGGCACCUCCGUCGUCCCCCCCGGCCUCGACCCCGACACCUCCGUCCUAUCCAAGGACGUCCCCCUCCACCCCGACUCCCCCCUCCCCUCCGCUCGCCUCUACCUCCCCCAAACCAUAGACGACGACGACGAGGUGUCCGAGACGAAGCCGAAGCUCCUCCCCGUCCUCGUCUACUUCCACGGCGGCGGCUUCGUCAUCGAGAGCGCCGCGUCCCCGACCUACCACUCCUACCUCAACGCCCUCGCCUCUAGGGCCCGGAUCCUCGUCGUCUCCGUCGAGUACCGCCGCGCCCCGGAGCACCCGGUCCCCGCGGCCUACGACGACUCGUGGGCCGCGCUCCGGUGGGUCGCGGCGCGCGCCGACCCGUGGCUCGCCGAGCGCGGCGACCUCGCGCGCGUCUUCCUGGCCGGGGACAGCGCCGGGGGGAACAUCGCCCACAACGUCGCCAUGAGGGUCGCCGCCGAGGGUUUAGGAGGCGACGAAGGGGUCCGGAUCGAGGGUUUGAUCCUGGCCCACCCGUGGUUUUGGGGGAAGGAGCCGAUCGGGGAGGAGACGAGGGAUCCGGUGAGGAGGGAGUGGACGGAGAGGCUGUGGAAGACCGUGUGCCCGGGGACGGAGGGGAUCGACGAUCCGAGGAUUAAUCCCAUGGCGGAGGGGGAAGCGGCGUUGGAGAGGUUGGGGAAGCUCCCGUGCGGGACGGUAAUGGUGGCGGUGGCGGAGAAGGACAUGUUGAGCGAGCGAGGGAGGGCGUAUUGCGAGGGGUUGAAGAAGAGUGGGUGGGGAGGGAGAGUGGAGCUCCUCGACACCGAGGGGGAGGACCAUGUUUUCCACCUCCUAAACCCUAACUGCGACAAGGCGAAGGACAUGAUGGAUCGCCUCGUCGCACUCUUCUCCUCCUCUUAAUUCCCAGUAAUCACAGGUAAUGCUCCUGCUCCUGGAUAGUUUCUUCACUAUGCUGAUAUUGCCAUCGAAAAAUAAGUUAAAAUGCUUUGCUUAUUCCAAUAAAUCUAUUCCAAUGGAGUAAUGUAGUUGUUUUAAAAUGAAAAUUAGAAUCUUUUUGAUGAUUAAAAACUGGAGUAUUUGUGUGAAAAAAUUAAAAGCUAUAAGUUGCCCAAAGAUUAGUGAUGUUAACUAGUGAAUUAUGGAAGGAUCUCAUUUAAAUAAUGAAUAAUGCUUUGCUACUGUGUUUUAUUUAGACGCUGCAUUGGAGUGAAAAAAACAAUGAUUAAUGCCUUUGUUAUUGUGUAUUAUUACUUGGGGGACUGCGUUGGAGUAAUUGGUAAUUCAAAGAAAAGUACUUGCCAUUUAGUUUACCUGUCGGAUCAAUGAACCUUUACUUCUUCUUGUAGUAAUUAAUCAGUUCUUUAUUAUAAGAGUAAACCAAAGUUCAGAAUCUUUACUGUGAUUAAAAGGUGUAAUGAACUGUUCUAUUGUGGCGUGCAUGCAAAUAAGCUUUUUCAUUUUAGAAAAGAAAA